UUUCCAGAGGCUGUGAUGAGAUAUAUAAAGUCGACAGUGCCGUCGUGUCAGGUCCAGGCCCACUUUCCAUCAUUUUACCUUGCGCAAUCACACAAUGUCUGAAUUCACCCCGACCUGGCAGCAGCCAAGCCACCCCGACCUCAUUGAGGUCGUCAAGGGCGAUGAGCCUUACCAAGCCGCGGCCUACUCGCUGGUGUCCCUACCAGCCGGUGCACUAUUCUCCAAGAUCACGACGGCGACCCCGGCUUCCCAAGACACCUACACGUCCGUUGCCAAUGGUGAGAAUUCGCGCAUCGAGCUCAACUCGGACCUCGUCUACUGCAACCACUCGUGCGACCCCAGCCUCGUCUUUGACAUGACGAACUUUGAGGUCCGGGUCUCCGAACAUCGUCCUCUCGCCGCAGGCGAUGCCCUGACUUUCUUCUACCCCAGCUCGGAAUGGACCAUGGUGCAACCUUUCAAGUGCGGAUGCAACGCGGGUGCAGCAUGCCUCGGAUACAUUGCGGGAGCGUCCGCGAUCCCCCCAUCAGUCCUGGGCCGUUACUGGUUGAACGACCAUAUCAGAGCUUUACUUGACCGUUCUUCCAAUGGCAAUGGGCAGAUGGAUCAGAUGUCACAGCCCGCGGCAGAUGGUGCUCGAGUUGAAGGAGCCAAGGCUUGAGAUAAAAGCGUGAGAGGAGGGACCGGCGAAAAGGGGUUAACUUGAGUCUUGGGGCAUUGAAGUAUGUGUUGAACAAAUAGCAGGCGAUUGGUUAGGCAAUACUGCAAUACGUAUGUGAGAUUGAGGAGAUUUGCUGGCGUUUGCCGGACCUCAGGUGAUGACGAUGGUGCUCAACUUGUUAAGAUCAGCUUCUUCACAGGCAUGUCUCAGUCGUACACGUAGGGACUAGAUUGGAGUCACUACGGAGUAGACUAGCAAGCCUUGCGGGCCGCCCGGCAGGCCCCGGUGUAUUAGAUGCCGUAGCCGCGUUGUUCGUGUGAGGAAGUUGAAGCCGGGAGUGCAUGUGCUAACAUUUUGAUUGAAUUUGCAUG